AGUUUCGUUCCACAAACGUUAAUGAUAUUCCGCGCAGAACUGUCGGUAAGAUUGCUUAAUUUCAUAUUAAAUACUGUAUUUUACGUAAUAUUUUAUUAGUCGCCUAUUUCUUAGAAAAAAACGAGCCUCAACGCAGCGGCAAAAUGAGCGCCCGAACCCCGGAUCCAGCAAAGGUUGAGCUUCGCAAGCAGAUAGCUGAUGCAAUUGCCAAAAUGACUACAGAAGAAAAAGAAAGACAAUCAAAAAUUGUAUUUAAUAAGAUAAUCAACCACCCAUACUACAAGACCGCGAACCGCGUCGCAAUAUUCAUGAGCACAGAUCAAGAAAUAAACACAGCGCCCAUUAUAUCCCACAUCAAAUCCCGUGGUGGUUCAGCCUUCGUGCCGCAGUAUGCUGGUGGUAUCAUGAGAAUGCUGAAGCUGGAGACGGGUGAUGAGGAUGCUAUGCCGUUGACCAGGCAUGGGAUUGCCCAACACUCGAAGGACCAGAAACGGGAAGAUGCUCUAGAUGAGGGUUUGGAUUUAAUCAUCGCUCCAGGGGUGGCGUUUUCUCUGGAAGGUGGUCGAGUUGGUCAUGGCGGUGGCUACUACGACAGAUACAUAGCCAACUUGCGGUCUAAUCCUAAGACUGCUCCUAAGGUGGUAGCUGUAGCUUUCAACUGUCAGGUUCUAGACAAGGUGCCGAUGAAUGACUUAGACCAAAAAAUAGACGAAGUUGUCUAUGCUGGAAGUGAUUAAAUUUUAUUAUAUAAAAACAUUGCUUCUGUAUGUUAUAUAAGUUAUGAUAAUUACGUGAAAUCUGUUGCAAAACUGUACGAAUAAAUGUUUGUGUAAUUAAACAAAUAAUUUUUA